CUUCACCUUCGGGGCAGACCAGUUCCACCUCAGGCGCAUUAAUUCCCAAGGAUUACAAGCUCCACGAUGAUCCUAAGUUCCCGUAGAUCUGUCCAGUCCGCUCAUGCCGUACCUUAUUUCCGAAACUAUAUGGGCUGGGUUCUCACUUCACUCAGAAACACAAAGCGAAGUUGUUCAACGAUAAUCAAGAUGGGACACUAUCUAUUAUCAUGGGCGGUGGGGGUUCCGGUGUUCCUGAAGUAGUAUCUUGGAAACCACUAGAUCCUAAUGAACCCCCUAUGGUACGGCCCUCCCUCGCACUCAAAUAUAUGGAACCUGGUAAAUUCGCUACGCUACAGCCUAUGCAUGAUGGUUAUGAAUUGGACGGAUCGCAACAGCCACGCACAUCAUCGGCCAUAACUGACUUACCCGACGCGGGAAAACAAGUAAGAGAUAGCAUAGAGUUAUGGAGAUAUACCCAGAGUCAGCUAGCAUAUACACCACUUUAUCCGAUACCAGAGCGUGGCCACGUGCGAGAGCUUCUACAAAGCUUAACCCGAGUCAGAGAUGUGGUGUUCAAUCCCUAUUCGCGAACCCGUUUCUGUGAGAUAGGACCUUAUGAUAUCUCGGCGAUGGUCGUUCAAGUAACCGGGGAAGAAGCCAAAGUGCCGUGCAGUAAUUGUAAAAAGGGAAAGGGUCCCUUCGCGGGGUGUUAUGUUAUGCCUGUUGAAGCUCCAUCAGAUCUUCGACGAUCAAUCUGGGGAUGUGCUAACUGCCUCUAUAAUAGCAAUCAAUGCCGCUGCGACUUAAAUAAACAGUCUCUGGAGGAAUUUCCAAGGCCCAAAAGAGGUCGGCCCCGUCUAACCACGCCAGGAUCAUCGAAUUCUCGCCCGGUUAUCAAUAUCGAAAAAAAGCGACCGAUGAAACGUCGCCAGAGUAAUUUAUCGAAUGCAGUCGCUACCUCUGGUGCCACCACAGGUACCGAUUUGAGGUUUGCUUCUCCUCCACAUACUAGGAGUGCGAAGAAAAAGGCCAAAGGAACUUCGAUCUGCGGGUCUAAGCGAGACCCAUCGCAUGGCGUUGACGGUACAGUCGCUAUUAAUCCGGCUCAAAUGCUAGAAUUAGAGACGUGGGAGGUUGCGCCGGGCCGCAUCGGCGACGAAGGAAGUGAUGUUACCAAGAACUUCGCUUUCUCAAAUGCCUACCUGGCUCAGAACCACGCUGUCCAAAUUGGGCGCGACAUUGCGUUCCAGGUCGUGACUAUCAAGCCGGGCACUACUUACAGUUGGGGCUCGAGCGCUAAACGGCUGCGGCUGUGUUCAUUAGCUUCAGGCAAGCUUCAAAUCAAGAUGCAUGGCAAAGAAUUUACGAUGGGGCCGAAUGGCAUGGUAAGAAUAAAACCAUGAAUUGAGUGUACCGUGACGAACAGACUUUAUGUGGAUGCUAUGGUGCAUGUGACGGUGACACCAGAUGGUUUAUGCUGAUAGUGGACGCGUACACAAGAUGCGAAACCCAUGCGUUGAAUUGGAAAACGUAUUAGUGAAUUUCAUGGUGUUUGAGUUGGCAUAAAAAGAGUCGUUCUACUCUCGUUGAAGAAUUGAAA